AUCAAGAUGAUGACUGUAACCAAAUUCAGUGUCCAUGUGGGUCACUAAAAUUAAGUCCUGAGAACCAGAUUCUUAACUAAAAAUCACAAGUAACUUUUGAAUGUGAAACCUGCAACACCUACAAAAACCAGUAGUUGAAUGUGAAGCCAAAGCCCCACACAAAUUUGUCAUCUUAUGUCUGGUAGUACUGAAGUCCUUUGUUUUAGGGCCCCGCCCAAAUCACCAACGCCAUUUUGCCAAGCACGCCUGUACUCCCAUUUCUUGGAUGCUGUGCACUGUGCAUUAAGUAUGACAGUCAGUCUGCCAUUUCCUCUGGCUCUGUGCUUUGGUGCGCAGCAGUGAGAACCGUGCGGGGUUAAAAUCUGUACCUUCUUUUAACUUUUUCUUUCCCUCAUUCCAACCAUCAGUUUUAAAGGUAGGCCUAUCUUCUCCUUUCUAAAAUACGCGUCAUUGGAAUAAACAGAUCUUUUCGUCGCUAGGCUUCUUAUUAAAGGCGAGACAGUAUUUGCAAAUUUUGCUGCAACUUGAGAUCUCUUGCAUUUUAAAGUACUUCUGUAUUUUUUCUCUUCGGAAAUGAGGAAGCUUCACGUUAUCAUUGCUGCAGUUCUUCUCUACUUUUCUGGUGGAGGUGAUUUUUGUGUGAGUGCAACAACAUUUACACUGGUGAACAAGUGCAAGCACGCGGUAUGGCCGGCCAUACAACCGAGCGCAGGUAACCCGGUGCUUGCAAAGGGGGGUUUGCAUCUCCUCCCUCACCGAGCCGUGUCCAUCCCUGCGCCCGCUGGGUGGUCGGGUCGGCUGUGGGGGCGGCACGGCUGUUCCUUCGACCGGACAGGAAAGGGUUCCUGCGCUACUGGUGACUGUGGCUCCGGUCUAUUUUGCAACGGUGCGGGCGGCGCCCCACCUGCAACCCUAGCCGAGUUCACCCUGGGCACCCAGGACUACUACGAUGUUAGCCUCGUCGAUGGCUACAACCUGCCCAUCGCCAUUGCACCCAGGCGAGGCACAGGCAAGUGCACUUAUGCUGGCUGCAUCAGCGACUUGAACGCGAGCUGUCCACCUGCUCUUCAGGUGAAGAGCAAGAGGGGUGAGGUUGUGGCUUGCAAGAGCGCCUGCUUUGCAUUCAGUACGCCACAAUAUUGUUGCACAGGGUCAUACGGCAAUCCUCAGACGUGCAGGCCUACUAGUUAUUCUCGUGUGUUUAAAAAUGCAUGUCCCAGAGCUUACAGCUAUGCCUAUGAUGAUCCUAACAGCUUAGCUACAUGCGCUGCAGCUGAUUAUCUCAUUACCUUCUGCCCCCAUUAAGUGAUCCUAGUUUUAUUAACUAUUUCUGGGUAAAGUACUAAUGUAUUUUAAUUGUUUGCUUGGGUAGGAACUCUGGCGAUUGUCCAUAACUAUGCAUCUGUCCUGAAAUAGGUUUAUACUCAUUCAGUAUGUUAAGCUUAUGCUUUAAGUAUUUGGAGGCUAAGAAAAUGCCAUGAAAAUGAAUUUGUAUGUCAUCAGCUUUUUGAAAAUGUAAGUUGAAAGCAGUGCCUGACUGUUAUCAUGAUGUUCAUAUAAAACUGCCAAUAGUGUAUGGUAUUUAGGUGUGUAUAAUGCAAGGGUAGAAGGAUACAGUUAUUGUACUUGUUUAUACAUUAAUGUCAGGGUAGAAUCAUUUGUUUAUCUGAAA